CUCUACAUCGGCGGGCGGCCCGUCGCGAGCGACAAAGCGGCGCUCGAGCAGCGGAAGAUCACGCACGUCGUCAACAUGGCCGUCGAGUGCGACGACUACUACCCCGAGUCCUUCGCCUACUACCGCGGCGACUGCACGGACAAGGCCGGCGACUCCAUGGCGCGCCACUUCGAGAAGCUCGUGGCCUUCAUCGACGGCGCGAAGCGGGAGCGGGGCCGGGUCCUCGUGCACUGCAACAGCGGCAUCUCGCGGAGCUCCGCGGCCGUGCUCUGCUACCUCGCGCCGUCGGGCAUGACGCUGCUCGCCGCGCUCGCGUGGCUGAAGGACCGGCGGCCCAUCGCGAGCCCGCACCCGACCUACAUGUUCGAGCUC